ACCAGACUGAAUAUGGCACCAGAAAGAUCCCUCAGAGUGCUCAUUCCCCUCCUUUGCUUUAUUCUUGAUGUGCACACAGGGUCAUUGAAUUACCAGAUUAUUGGUGGUCAUGAGGCUGUUCCUCACUCCAAACCAUGGAUGACAUAUAUCAGCUAUACAAAUCAUGGGAUGACCUAUAUUUGUGGAGGAUUUCUGGUUAGGAAUGACUUUGUGAUGACUGCUGCACAUUGUGGUGGGAGCAACAUAAAGGUGUCUCUUGGACUGCAUGCUGUUAAAGAGAGGAAUGAUCAGAACACAUUCUCUGUACUUAACAUCUACCGUCACCCCAACUACAACAGUGAAACCCAUGAGAAUGACAUCAUGCUCCUACAGAUGAAUGAUGAAAUCCCGUUGAAUGAGAACAUAAAAGUCAUUGCUCUCCACAAAAAGAACAAGAAAGUGCCGGUGGGCACAGAAUGUAACGUUGCAGGUUGGGGAAAGACAAACAGAGAUUUAAAUGUAUCAUCUCAAGUACUUAUGGAGGUUAAUGUGACCAUUGUCAGAAACAAGGAAUGCCAAAAUAUCCUAGAUAUGCCCAUUGACAGUUCCAUGAUAUGUGCAGGCCAACCUGGCACCAAGGGGGAUGCAGCUCAGGGUGACUCUGGGUCUCCUCUGGUUUGUGAAGGAGUGGCUACUGGCAUUGUGUCUUUUGGGAAUGAGAAACCACCAGGGGUAUAUACCCUAAUUUCAAGUUUUCUUCCCUGGAUCAGGAAGAUAAUGUCAUUCUCAAAACCUACCAUAAAAGACAAAAUGUAUCGUCCCUUAACCCAUUAGGUACACACAACAGACAUUUUCUGUCAUUCUCUCCUUUUGCUUCUGAAGCUGUGUCCUUUAGUGGUUAAUAGGGUGUGUUCUGCUUCUCAAUAGCUUUUCCUAUAAAGUAACUACCUGCAUAAGCUCUCUCAUGGGUCAUAAUAUGACUAAAACCACAAUAAAGUUAGCAUACCACGGGCAAAGUGAGGAGGACAUUGUGCUCUGCCUGUCACUUUUUGUAGUGUGGCCUAAAGGAAAUGCAAUAGAUUAUCCUUAAUAUCACACAAUACACCUUGUUCAGGCUCAGAAGGUUCAGAGUGAGUAUUCCAUUGUGUAAAGAUCCUGGAUGUACUUCCUAAAGUUAGAGCCUGUUUUGUUUAUUAUAGAUUAAUUACCUUAUAACUAGAUACCAUUGAUACAUAGCAUCACACAUAUAGGGCUGUAUGAAUUAAAUUGUUUCAAUAAAAUAAGUUACUGUUUGAUAGCAUAUAUACUGGAAUUUCCAAUAGUUGUGUACACUGUUCA